GAUGCCGGGGACGUCCGUCACGGGGCGGUGCUCUGCUCCUGUGGCCACGUGCGCGACUGCCGGUCCAGCCAAUUCCAGGUAGUCCUGGUGUGGUUUGAGCUGGGGUUGACAUAUCUCAGGCGGGCUGUUGCUGCCGUCUACUCGUCGGAGUCCGGCGCGUGGAGCCACAUCAUCACCGUGCAGGCGCCUUUCGUGUCUACUGCCAGCAACGCGAGCAAGCCCGGCACGCUUGCCGGCAAUGCCGUCUACUGGUUGAUUCCGGGGAGCCGCGUUCUUGAAUUCGAUGCGGUGACACGCAAUUUAGCUGUGAUAUCGGUGCCAGCAUAUACGGCAGGGUCACUCUACUGGCAAUGCCAGCUUAUGCCGACUGACGCGAAGGAACUUGGGCUCGCCAUGGUGACAGAAAUCAGCAUCAAGCUGUGGAAGAGGGACAGCGGGAACGCCUGUGGAUGGUCGAUGUACAGCGCAGUUCAACUGGAGGGCUGCCUCCCCCCGAGGAAAUGGAUGCAGGAACAGCCGUCGUUGCUGGGGUAUCAUGAGGAAAGCAAUGCAAUUUUUGUGUGGAUUGAGGCUGGCGUGUUCAUGAUCCAGCUCGAGUCGAUGCAGUCAAGGCUGAUGUGCCAAGGUGCCAGUAACUUCGAGAUUUAUCCCUUUGCGGGUUUCUACAACAGAGGUGAUGCCACAGCAGGAGCGCAAGGAGAUGAGGACGUAGACGCCCGCUGGCCUACGGCCAUUGUGGACAUGUGGCACUAUGAGGACCCUCAGGGGGACUCGCACGGGCCAUACUCGAUGGUGAGUCUGCAGCGAUGGAGCGGCAAUGGUUUCUUCGCCGAGGACUUUAGGGUGUGGAGAACCGACGAGACUAAGGAGCAGGCGAUCCUGCUGACCGACGCCAUGCUGAGCCUGUGAGUGACUUGGUAAUCCCCGUGUUAGUGUCUGCUGUGCUAGUGUCUGUCCUGAGUUCAGGAGCCUGGUCUUGGCGAAUUUGAUGGUCGGUGGAUGUGGUGUUUUAAGGUUUUGGUGAGACUCAUUUGUUGUUUCGUGCCUGGUACUAGCAAGCAUUGCCACCAGGCUAUAUUUGUAUGGUACCUGUUAUGUCUCA